AUGCGCUCAUCUGGACCUUCGGCCAAUUCCUCUCCUAGACGGAGAGCCCUUCAUGAGCGAACGCCAUCCCAGACGAACGAGACAUCGCCGCCCGCAUCCAUACGACUUGCCAGCGAUAAGCAUGGUAUCCAGGCCGAAGAUGAUGACGACGAAGUUUACACGGCUACUCCAUACCCAACGAAGCCGGAGCAUAUUUUGUUACCACGGCCGGGGAAAGGGCAUGAAUUCAUCCCGGAUUCCAGGUUCCACGUAGACGAAGCGCCAAACGAAUCAACUGGUACACUAUCUACAGAUGCCAGCCAUGUUGCCGACAGCAGUCUAAUUGAACAAUCUAUUGGUGAUCCAUGGGAUUUAUCAUCGACCUUUGAUGCUGCGAACACUCCUUCGCAGGUCUGGGAGGAAGAUCCUAGUUCCAGCAAGUCAUCUUUCCCAGACACCAAUGAGCAUAAACCAGUUGAUCGCUCGUCCGAUGAGGGUUCGGUUGCCGCGUAUUCAGAUGAACCAAUCACACUAACCCCAGCGGUUCCGACCAUUAAGACGGUGGUUUCCAAUACUUCUUCCCGACAACCCUCUAACCCUGAGAAUGCAGCGUCAAGUAAUUCCAGCCCAAAUGUUGUUCCAAUUGGACCGCCCUCUAGCCCCAAUUUCGUUGCACUCGAUAGCUCGAGCCUGAACUUUGUCCCAAUUGGCACUUCUUCAAACCCCGAUUCUGGCUCCCGGUCCAAUUCGCUAUCUUCCCUGAACUCGUUGGGAACUGUCAUCAGAUAUGCAGGGGCCGGCCAAUGGACGCAUGGUUCCUCUUCCGAGCAAUCAAGCUCGCGAUCUCAUUCCUUUCGCUCCAACCCCCCUCUUCCUUACGUGCCAUCAGUGCGAUCUAGUUCAGCUCGCCCUCGCGACCGGAGUAAUUCCCGAUCUGCAGCAUCGUCCUCGCGAAGUGACCCGCCCCCGGAUAUUCAAGCUAUCGUGGACAGUGGUGUGUUCAUACAGUAUCCCACAAUCCGUGCCCCAUCAUCUUCAGGCUCAAGGAUAGAUGUGACUCAUGUUUCGGACUCGUCGGACCAGGCCUUGCAGGACUCUACAGCGGUCUAUUCAUCUGAUCACUUUAGGUCGCAUUUGUCAACAGUUACAUCUCGUUGGUCUGCCGAGUAUGACUCGAGAUCUCCUACUCCUGGCGACGAACCUGCGGAGGGGACACAGGAGCCAUCGACGCCUGCUGCAGCUCUUCAGAAAACGGCGUCAUCUUCGGUUUGGCUCGUGAACGACCCUGAAAAUGAAUAUAUGGACAGCGUCUCCACUCUUCCGUCUCGCGGCAAGCACUCGCGAUUUCCGGCUAGCUUCUCUUCCGGAUCCAGACAAGGCAGUCUGCGGAGUACCACCCGGCCUGGUACUGGCUCUGGCACUUUCAGUUUUCUCCCAGCCUGGGCCCGGAUGUACUAUCGCUCUGAUGGGCAGGCUGUGAACUCUGCUGAACCCAUAGCAGAUGUCAGCCGUCCUCCCACAGCAUGCCCUACGUCUUCAAAGCCCAACGCUUUUGAGCGUAUGUCUGCGGCUGUAAGUCGACCAAGAGCCCCCACCAAUGAAACUCACCUUGCCGUUCGGUGGAAAGCCUCGGAUCCACGCGACCCCAGGAGUCACUGGGCAAGAAGCCCUGAUGAUGAGGAGAGACCCGGAAGCUCUCGGCAGCAAUUGCGACAUAGUUGGUCUCCUCAUCUGUACCCUGACAGACGUAUUGUUCGACAAAGAGCGAGUGGUUGGGGCGCUCCGUCAAUGGACUCUAGGACUGAGCCAUUAUUGGGUCGGCGGAAUAUUCAAGUGUGGUCCUUCUGUUUGGGAUUCAUGUUCCCCUUUGCCUGGCUUAUCGCUGCCUUCCUUCCCUUGCCUCCCAAGCCAAAGACGAUCUCAGAGGAGAUGGCGAACCCGAGCUUGAAACGGCGCUCCAGAUGCGGCUUGUUGAUCUCGGGCGGAGACGGUGCGGUGAUCAUUGUCAUCAUUAUCAUCCUGGCUGCUGUAGGUACCACGGUGGGCUUUUAG